ACGUCCUAAUUGGUCCGCGACUUGCGUACGUACGUACUGGUUGCGCGUACAUCCGACUAUGGUCUUACCAAAAAAGAAAAACAACUAUUCAAAAUCAAGGCUGCUUCACGCCGAAAUUAAUUUUUACAGAUCUCGUGGUUUAUUCUUGUUACAUAAUACAUUUGUAGAACAUGACUUUGUACUUUUUAAGAUAAAAGGCUGAAAAUGGUUGCUGGCAAACUUGCUUUUGUAACAGGUGCCGGGAGCGGCAUAGGCAGAGAAGUUUGUCGAAUUUUAGCAAAUCGGGGUGCCAAAGUUAUUGCUGCCGAUCAAAAUUUGCAGUCUGCCCAACAAACUGUCCAGUCGUUAAAUGAUACCAAACAACAUCUGGCUUUAAAUUUGGAUGUUUCGAAUGCAGAUAGCAUCAAGGAAGCAUUUAAGGGUGUAACAAGUAAAUACAACAAACCACCAAUUAUCAUAGUGAAUUCUGCAGGAAUCACACGUGAUCAAUUUAUUCUAAAACAGACUGAGAGUGAUUUUAACAAAGUGAUCGAUGUGAACUUAAAGGGAACAUUUCUGAUUAUUCAGACUGCAGUUCAGCAUAUGUUGGAAGCUAAAGUAAACAAAGAUGGCUCGAUUAUAAAUCUGAGUUCUAUUAUUGGUAAAGUGGGAAACAUAGGUCAAGUUAAUUAUGCUGCAUCAAAAGCCGGUGUCAUAGCUCUGACGAAGACUGCUUCCUUUGAAUUUGGGGAAUUUGGUAUCCGGGUCAACGCAGUGUUACCAGGUUUCAUAGAAACUCCUAUGACAGAAACAGUGCCAGAAAAUGUAAAACAAAUGUUUAAAAAUAAGAUACCUCUUCGCAGAAUGGGGAAGCCCGAAGAAGUGGCUGAAGUAAUAACAUUUUUAGCAUCUGGCAAUAGUUCUUAUAUCAAUGGAGCAUCUAUAGAAGUUACAGGAGGAUUGCAUUGAAAACAUAUACUUUUGGAUACAUAUUUUUGAACUAUGAUUAAAUUUUAUUAAAGAUUUACGUAUUAAAUA